AGUCUUUCAGAUCUUGGAAGCAAUGUGUCAAAUAUCUUGGAAACGAUCCACAUCCUUCCAUGACGAAGUGGACAUCACGAAAGAAUCAGCUUGUAACACCAAAUCAGAUAAUUUCCAUCAUCUCUAGAGGGAGGAGAAGGAGAGGAAAUGUGACAUCUCCGUCAUCGUCCAGAACCAUCGUCUCGGCUCCCAAACCACAAAUUGGUACACGUACUAUCACCGGUGCUAUUCUGAAUAAUGCAGCACAGUCAGUCGAAGCCGAAGGUGGUAACUCUCACAUCUUUGAAGGAGGAGACAGUGUGGAUUCUAGCAACGAGGGGAAGAGAACGUGGAAUCAGCACGGAGGUGAAAUAUCACCAGUUGAGUGUGAUACUUCAAGGUGCUCAGAUAUGAAGGCACAGGAGGAUAACAGGAAGGUGAAAGCAGAAGCGACGAGUUCAAGUCGGGAGCAGGCCAAAAUGGCCGCGCGCAGAAAAAUGUUGGAAUCAGGAACAAAUUGGAAAAGGAGACGUUUUCUGAAGCUGGACAAUGCGAGUGACGCCACACAUGAAGCCAAGGAUACCACUGCAGGAGAAGCCAGUAAGGACGACAUACCCACGGAGCAGGAGAUCGAGCAAAGGAGUAUCAGAAUGUUGGAGCCACCUUCACCUCGUACUAGCAGAACAAGAAGGUCAAGUUUGAAGAGAAAAGCCAAGGAGAGGGUUUUUCUCACGGUGGAAACAGAGGACCAUGACGAGGUAGAAAAACAGAAGAAGGUUACCUUCUACGGAGAAAAUAAUGAAGAGGCUAAAGAACGCAAGGAGAGCAAGGGGAGUUCUUCAGCAUUAAGUGCAAAUGAUGCGAGUCUUCAGCAAAAUCUUAUCAAUCUCUUGUAUGCAGAUCAUCUUAGGCAGGCAUCAAACGACACAAAAACUGGAUUGAUUACAAAGAUGUAUGAAGAAUACGUUCAGCGAAGUUUCUCCCGCUGUCAGAACACUAAUGUUGGUGUUCUAUCCUUGGCUUUGGCAAAGAGAAAACAGACAGCGAGGUCUAUAGCGUCCAUCAUUAGUGACAAGAAGGACAGAAGAGCAGGUAAUAAACUCAAGACGCAAACUAGCCGAAUCUGACAGAAGUUUCCAAGGGUUCAGGGAGAAUCAUGGAAAUUUAUUGAAAUUUCUUCAACA